CCAUGAUCCCUCACACCGGAAGUGCAGAAGAGGAAGCACAAGAGGAAGCAUGCGAAGGGUGAGCCGGCAGCUCUGUGAGGACGGCCCGCUGCUGGAGGAGCAGGAGACGGAGGGCCAGCGGCAGCUCCACGGCCUCCUGCUGCAGCAGCUCCACACCGGCGUCGACAUCGAACGAUGUGUCGCCAAGAAGAAGUGCUUCGCCCCCUCGGCGCUCUAUCGGCCGUUUGGCCAACAGGCAGCUGGAGUGAGAAGCCUGUCCGAGUUCCAGGCCCUGCAGGACGGGGAGAAGGACCUGGCCAGCUUGAGGGAGCUGGGUCUGACAGAAACCGAGAUCCAGCUGUGGAGGAGCAGAGACGUACCGGAGGAAACGGAGAAGUCCCACGGUGUGUGUGCAGCUCCAGGUGCGAAGCAGCAGCGCCUGCAGGUGAUCAGAGACAAGAUCGAUGCGCGGGACGAGCUCCUGUCCCGCCCACAACGCUUCGCCGCCAGCCGGCCGCUGUCACGCCGCGAGAUGGAGAUCGAACGGGCGCUUUUCCAGGGAACAGACCGCCUGGGUUUCCUCGCUGCACUUUACCACAGAGAUGAAGAUAACCAGGAGAGCCAGGAGGGGGCGUCGUCCUCUGAUCCCAUAGACUCUCUCUACAGAGACGUCCUCAGGAAGGAGAGAAAACCUGCAGAAACAACCACAGCAGCACACGUGUCUCCACACAGACUCACAUCUGACCAAUCACAGGACUCACAGACAGUCGACAACCAAUCAGAAGAAGCCUCUGACCCUCACCCAGAUCUGCAGGGUGAAGGUUUGUCAGCACCGUCAGAGUCCACGUCAGAGCAGCAGCUCGCUCCAGACGGACCGGGCCGACCUCCUCCUCCACCAGCUGCUCCGACACACAUAAAUAUAAGCCAGCCAAUCGGGAGUCUGCGUGGAGCGGCGAGGGCGCUGACUGUCAGAGGGGAGAUCCAGACGAUCUCAGACGAAGACAUCCUGAAGAACCGUGAAUCUGAAGAAGAGAUCCAGAACAUCCCGAGGUUCAGAAACUACCAGCCGGGAAAACCCUCCAAGGUUCUGUGUGUGAAGAACCUGAGCUCACAGGCCUCAGCCGCCCAGCUGGUGGCGCUGUUCUCCAGGUUCGAGCAGGAGAACGGGCCGCCGGUGAUUUACCGCCUGCUGACCGGAAGGAUGAAAGGUCAGGCCUUCAUCACGCUGCCAGAUGCUGAAACGGCCCAGAGAGCCUUGCAGUUGGUUCAUGGAUACCGGUUGCUAGGGAAACCUUUGGUGGUGGAGUUUGGCCGUGAGCGACAGGAAGAAGAGAAACAGAAGGCGAAGCAGGAGGAGAGGAAAUAAACGAAACAAAACGUUUAUUCCUGACAACAUGGAUCCUCCAGAGUUGAGA